AUGCCGCGGCGAACAAAAGCAGUUGCAAAGCGUAUAAAGAACUUAGUUCAAAGCGCGAAAAAUAGGGUAGAGCCAUAUGUCGUCAACACUGUUGAAUUUGUGCUAUCUGUAUUAUUGAGCGGCGCUACAUUUUGCCAAUCAGGAUUUCAAUUCAUGCUGAAUAACAUCAAAGUUCCGUCAGAAGCUACAUUUCAUCGAGUCCAAGAAAAGGUUGGUCGUGUUAUCAUAGAAGUUGCCAGAGAAUCUGUUAAUUAUUGGCAAUCUCGAAUGAGAAAAUGUUCGGGACUUUUGUUUGACGGUUCUUGGAGUCAGAGAAGAAAUGCAAUGUUUUGCUAUGUACAAUUUGUAGAAGAGAAACUCAAAAAAAUUGUAGAUUGGGAAGUGAUAUCUAAAUCUUUUAAAAAUUUCAAAGGUAAUUUCAACGGAAAAUCAAAUGAAAUGGAAUUUGAAGGCUUAAAAAGAAUGCUGAAGCGUUGGAAUAAUGAAAAACGUGUAAAUUUUUUGUGCAUGAUGGCGAUGUCAAAAUUGUUUCUACAAUCAAAAAUACGUUCAAAGGUAUCAGAGAAUACAGAGAUCCCGGACAUUUUCUUAACAAUAUACAGAAAAAGCUCAAACUGCCAGAAUUCAGAAUCUUAUCUAGCAUUUCAAAGAAUUUAUUGCGUUGGCUUAGGCAACUUCUCAAUGACACACAUAUGUCAAUUAAAACAAAGAAGUUUUUAUGGUUGA